AUGACUUCGCUGAGUGAACAAAUUGCCAAUCUGGUCAAGAACUAUUCGCCCUGCGAUGUAUCAGAUGCGUUGGUCAAGCUACAGAAGAUACCCGAGGGCGGCACCGUGAGAGGAGGCUUCCUCGCGGAUCUGGAACCAGUUCCAUUUUCACCAAUAACUGGGCGAAACGAAACAACCCCCAAGAUCGCCGCCCCGGCAACAACAUUCAAAUUCCUAGCCAAAGAUGAGAGUCCUCCGUUGAUUGCAACAGAGAAUGUCCAGAAGCAUGGAUUCCCGCCAGGCAAGCACUGGGUAGACCAUGUUGGCGAGUUUGAGGCAUCUGAUUCCUCCGGUGCCGGCUCUAUCGUCGUGAUUGAGCAGCCUGAAAAUCAGUACUGCGCUGUGACGGGUGGGAUUAUGGCGACUCGGAUGAAAGCCCUCGGGAUCAAGGCAACGGUUGUGAGCGGCCGAGUUAGGGACUUGAAGGAAUUGAAGGCGACUGGACUCCCGAUCUGGGCUCGAGCUACCUCUACCGUUGGAACUAAUGCGGAGGCUAAAGCUGGUGCUCGUGAUGUGCCGAUCUCGAUCGGAGGUGUCACUGUCUCUCCUGGUGACAUUGUUUUCUGCGAUCCUUUGGAGGGGGUAGUAGUCAUCCCUCGUGAACUACUUGGUCAGGUGCUUGAGCUCAUGCCUGCGUUGACAGAUAUGGAUGAAAAGGCCAAGCAAGCUGUUGCGCAGGGAAUGAGUGUCACUGAUGCUUUCAAAAAAUUCCGCUCAUAG